CAAGCUCUUUCUUUAAAUCUUGCAUUCAUCCCACCAUGGCUCAAUUCGCAAAACUCUCCAUCUUUGGAACUGUCUUCGAGGUCACAACUCGCUAUGUCGAUCUUCAACCUGUGGGCAUGGGCGCCUUCGGUCUUGUUUGGUAAUUUUCGAAUCUCGAAUCGUCUGGAUGUUCUUUGACAAGAAACAAAGGACAGUGCCACUGAGACAACCCAACCAUUUCUAACUUGUCAUGACCGGCGCGUUGGAUUUCUCACAUUCUCACUUUUUCUUAUCAUUGUAAUGAUCUUAAUAAUGUUAGCUCUGCUAAGGACGAGUUAACAGGCCAGCCUGUGGCUAUCAAGAAGAUCAUGAAGCCCUUCAGCACUCCGGUUUUGUCAAAGCGCACAUACAGAGAACUGAAGCUGUUGAAGCACCUCAAACACGAAAAUAUUAUUAGCUUGAGUGAUAUCUUUAUUUCGCCGCUGGAGGACAUCUACUUUGUUACGGAAUUGCUUGGAACAGAUUUGCAUCGUCUGCUGACCUCGCGUCCCCUUGACAAGCAGUUCAUUCAGUACUUUUUGUAUCAGAUCUUGCGCGGCCUCAAAUACCUUCACUCGGCUGGUGUUGUUCAUCGUGACUUGAAACCAAGCAAUAUUUUGGUCAAUGAGAACUGCGAUCUCAAGAUUUGUGACUUCGGAUUGGCACGUAUUCAAGAUCCUCAGAUGACAGGCUAUGUCUCCACUCGCUAUUAUCGUGCCCCUGAGAUUAUGCUUACUUGGCAGAAAUAUGAUGUUGCUGUUGAUAUUUGGAGCGUAGGAUGCAUUUUUGCUGAAAUGUUGGAGGGUAAACCUCUAUUCCCUGGAAAGGAUCAUGUCAAUCAGUUCUCAAUCAUUACUGAGCUCCUCGGCACGCCCCCAGAUGAUGUUAUCAAGACUAUUGGAAGCGAAAAUACCCUUCGAUUUGUCCAGUCGCUUCCCAAGAGAGAGAAGAUCCCAUUAACAACAAAGUUUCCAAACUCGGACCCACUCGCACUGGAUCUGCUCGAAAGGAUGUUGAUUUUUGACCCCAAGAAGCGUAUUACGGCGGGUGAUGCCCUUUAUCACAAAUACCUUGAGCCAUACCAUGAUCCUGAUGAUGAGCCCGUUGCUGCCGAGGUCUUUGACUGGUCUUUUAACGACGCGGACUUGCCUGUGGAUACAUGGAAGGUCAUGAUGUAUAGCGAGAUCUUAGAUUUCCACCAUGUGGACGAGAACCAACCAAACCUUGAGCAACAGCAACCUGCUGGCUAUUAAAAUAUGAGGCAUUGUUUUUUUUUUUUUUUUUGACGUU